AUGUCUUGCGAUCACAUCCGACACAACUUGGAUGGCAUUCGUGGCCGAGUGUCACAAGCGGUCACCCGAAGAGCUCAGACAUCGGGUGCGCCCGAGAAAGAGGUACGACUGGCGGCCGCAUCCAAGACACAGUCCCAGGAGAUGAUAGUAGAGGCCUACCGGUGCGGUCAGAGGGUGUUCGCCGAGAACUACAUACAAGAGUUGUGUACCAAAGCCGUGGACCCGUUGAUAGUAACGGCGUGUCCUGAGAUCCAGUGGCGACUCAUUGGACACAUUCAGACCAAUAAAAUCAAUCAACUCUUAAGAGUGGAUCGCUUGACUGCCAUCGAAACCAUCGAUUCCCAGAAAUUGGCUCAAAGUCUGGAGAAGGCGUUGUCGCAGAGGCAGCGCACCAUCGAUGCGAUGGUUCAGAUCAACUCGGGUGAGGAGGACGUGAAGACCGGCUGUCACUUCUCGGAAGCGCUGGCUUUGGUGCGACUGAUCCGCGCCGAGUGUCCGCACCUGAGACUCACGGGACUCAUGACUGUCGGCCGUUUCGGUCACGACUGGACCACUGGACCCAACCCUGACUUCUUGGCGUUUGUUGAGUGUCACCGCAAUAUCUGUGAGAGUCUGGCCGUCGGUGUCGAUGCUCUGGAGCUGAGCUUUGGGAUGACCGCCGACUUCGAGGAGGCGAUCGCUUUGGGCAGCGAUGAGGUGAGGGUCGGCACCGCCCUCUUCGGUGAACGCAAACACCCGAUCGGACUCCAGGACUACACUAAUCCGCCGUAUUUGCAGACCAUUGAUGACAAGAGCUUAGAGACAGCGAAGUGA